AAUAUUAUAUGCAUUUAUUAAUUUAAUACCUUUUUAUAUUCAUUUAAUGUCACAUCCCUGGAUCAUCCAGAGUUAGUCACAUGCGAUUUCACUUGCGCCGCAUCGUCUCUUCUCAAGCCAGUCACCGUCGAAAACCGCAGAGGAAUCCGACGAUGAAGAACGUGAAACCCACAGUGAGAAGCAAAGUACUACGGCUCGAAUCAACGAUGAAGAACGCGAAUGCAAAUAUCGGUGAGAGAUCUCUUCCUUCCAGACUGCCAAUGUACGAUCGUGGACUACUGAAAAAUGCUACCUCCUACCUCUUCUCAAACUUCCCCGAGGACUGGUCCCCAAAGAGACUCUGGUUUCUGUUUGCAACCUAUGGUGCUGGAUUAGGACAGAUUGUAGAUGUAUGCAUCCCCAGAAAGAAAGACAAAAAAGGAAACAAAUUUGGCUUCAUCAGGUUCUCAGAGGUCAGAGAUAAAGCCAGAUUAGAGAAGAUGCUCAAGAUGAUCUGUUUUGGUACUGAACAACUCAGGAUCUCCCUGGCAAAGGAGAGGAAACCACUACAACCAGCCCUUAAACACCCCCGUCCACUACCACCUCCACCACCACCAGGAACCCUCAAAACAAAAUCCUAUGCUGAAGCCCUACUAAAUGGCCUUAACUCCCCAUAUUCUGAUAGCCAAACACGCAGGACAAACGCUAUGCCACAAACUUGUCCACUGGUAACCGAGAAGACAAAGAGCAAAACGAAGUUAGCCUUGAAUGUGGAAGAUGACAUGGAGGACUCCAGUUGGCUUAACAGUUGUGCUACAGGGGAAGUUCUCUCCCCUUAUCUUAUUCCUGGUCUUCAGCAAACCUUUUGGGAGAAUGGGUUCUCUCACAUCACAACUACACCAAUGGGGGGAUGCAAAAUUUUGCUACAAAAUGAGGAUUUGAACAAAAUAUCCAGGUUUAUAGAGGAAGAAGAAGGUUGGUGGAGUAAAUGGUUUCGUAGAAUCAAGCUUUGGACUCCAUCGGAUAUAGCUGAAGAAAGAUUUGCCUGGAUUAGAAUUACUGGCCUUCCUCUACAGGUUUGGAAUCAGAAGACAUUCGAAAGGAUUGGGAAUAAAUUAGGCAGCUUCAUUAAGGUGGAUCCUCAUACUGCUGAUAGAAUAUGUCUUGAUGCUGCUAGAGUUCUCAUCACAACUACUGAAACGACCCAAGUCUACGAUAGUGACACGCUUGAUUCUGAUGAUCACGUCGAUUCAGAUUCUGAUCAAAAUUCCGGUGGAGGGAGCAUGGCCUCCGAAGAUGAAGUUGAACAGCCACCGCAAACUGAUAACGGUCACUUUUGUGAUCUAAGCAAAUUGCCAGUUGGUUCUGAUAGUCACGAGGAAAAAGCUGGGUCCAGCAAUAAAUUGGGGAUUUUGGGGAAUGAUGCAAGAGGGAACACUGAAGCUUCUGUGUCAGAUUUAGGUGGCGGCAACAGAGUGCUAAACAGCCUAAGCACGCAACUUUCUUCAAACUCCCAUUCAGAUGAGAAUGGGCCCAAGGUUCAAAAUGGCCAAAACACUCCAAUGAAGGCCCAGAUCAGCCCGUACCAAACUUGUGGCUCUUUCGGCCAAGAUCUUGUCUCAAGAAUCCCAGCCCAAGAUCCAUUAGAGAUAAAUCCUCAUCAAGCUGCAGAAUCUGCACAAAGCACCGACCAUCUCCAAAAUGUCAAAACCCUCAGAUGUGUCACAAGGCUAAACCAUGGAAGAAGGAAGAAAAUCUCCAAGCAAGCAAAGAGAUGCAAGAAACGACUAUUAAGAUCUAAGCAGCUGGGGCCUUCUCUAUUGGACAGCUUUUGGGAAAGAAGUAGAAGAUCAGCAAAAGAUGUUGAGGAAUUGGAUAUCAAGAAAUUUGUGGAAUUUGGAAAGCGAUUGGGACUCUGUUUUGUUGGAAAUGAAGAUAUCUUUGCUACUAAGUUUCUCACAUUUAACACCCGCGGUCUUGCAAAUAGCAUCAAGAGGAGAAAGUUGCGGAGUAUGGUUCACCAGGAGCAGAUAAACUUGUUAAUGAUUCAAGAAACAAAAGCUGAAAUUGUUGAUGAGCAGUUAUGCAGAUCAAUCUGGGGGCAGGGUAAUUUUGACUGGUGUGCUAAAAGCUCAAACGGUAAGGCAGGCGGUCUAUUGUGUAUAUGGGAUUCCAGUCUCUUUGAGAAGACUCGGGUUAUCGAAGGUGAAGGGUUCUUGGGUGUUGAGGGCUUAUAGGGUAUAAGCAAAGCUACCUGCUGUUUUGUGAAUGUUUAUGGACCAUGUAAUGUGGCCGGUCGUGCAAAGUUGUGGGAGGAUCUAUCAACUCUUAUUGGAACCUUGAAUUGCUUUUUCUAUCUUGGUGGCGACUUCAACUGUGUCAGAGGAAUGCAUGAAAGAAAAGGUAAAAUGAUCU